AGGAGGCGAGUGUGCGUUACGUAAGGGUCUUCUGGGCGUUUUGAACACACACACUCACACUCGGAGGAGGAGGACUUUCUUUUUCGUUACAACCUGACGAUGGUCUCCCUCCGCGUCGGAGCGACGAGGCCGAGGUUGUCAGUAGUGUGAAGGAGGAGGAGGGUUGUGCAGUCAUUUAAUCAUUUUUAUUCGAGUGGCAUAUUCUUUUUUUACGUGGUUGUGUAGAAAGAAAAAUCUCUCUCUCUCUCUCUCUCGUGUGUGUGUGUGAGAGCGUGCGCGCGCUCGCGAAGCGAUAUCGUUUCGAUCCCACGUCCUUUUUUUUUUAACUGGAAAUAUGUAAAUUACUGCAAUUACUACAAUUAACGGAAAUAAGUUCGGCAGUGGAGGUGUUACUGGAGUUACUGGAUUAUUAUUAUUAUUACUAUCCCACGACUUGUGAUUUUGGAUAAAAUGUUCGGAAAUGGUUGAAGCAGGCCGCUGAAGAGGCUCGUUAUCGACACAACCUCAACGAGAAUGGUUAAAAGACCACCGCGCCGCCACCCCCGACGAUCAUCAUGAGCUGAGUCUGCGAGAAGUUAUGGGGGGUUGGUAACACCAGUAUGGUCACCGGAUCUGGGGUGGGCACUUCUUGCAGCGUCUCACCUCAUCAUAAGUAUGUGGCGGUUUCGUUCCCCACUCAAGAGACCAUCACUUUCACCACCGAGGUCAAGUCCCGGGUACGCGAGCUGCAGAGUCAAGUGUAUGCCUGUAUGCAACAGCAGGGUAUGCAAGAAGCAGACCUGUUCGGAUUAGCCGUGACGAUCGAUGGAGAAUACGUGUUCCCAGAACCUGACAACAAACUCAGCAAAUAUGCUCCCAAGGCUUGGAAGACUUCCCCAAAUGGCUUGGACUCGAACGGCGAACCUCUCUUGCAGUUCAAAUUCCGCGUUCAGUUCUACGUCGAGACCGAACUUCUGCUCAGGGACCAACUGUCUCGUCUGCACUACUACUUGCAACUGCGUGAAAAUGUGCUCACCUACAACCAACCCAUCCCUAAGGAGACGGCCCUCGUCAUGGCCUCCUACGCCCUUCAGGCCGACCUGGGCGACUGCUGCCACGAUCCCCACAGCCAGCAGCAGUAUUUCGACCCGUCCCUCUAUUUCCCACAGUGGCUGGUGGACCGGGUGGGGGUCCCGUACAUCAUGGAAAACGUCCAGCUCCUGCACCGGGACAACCUGGGUCUGACGCGAGCCGAGGCCCAAGCGCAUUACAUCCGCGAGGCGUCGCAGCAGGAGGCGCCCCACAAUCUCCACCUGUACCGCCUGCGAUGCAAGAAGCAGGAGCCGACGCCGCAGGUGGCUAUGGCCAUCUGCGCCAAGGGCGUCGAAUUGUAUGAGGACGACAUGGGAGGGUCUCCGACGACUUCCAGAAAAUUGAUCUCCAGCUUCCAGUGGUCCAACAUCGGCGAGCUUUCUUUCGAGAAGAAGAAGUUCGAGAUUCGAGCCCUGAGCUACUCCGAAAAACUAACCUAUUACACGACGAGCGACGAAAAGAGCAGACACCUCCUCUACCUCUGCCGAUGCACUCACCUCUUCAACAUGAACCAGCAGCCGCGGCUGGCGGAGGUGCGCCGCCUUCAGGAGGAAGAUCGAAGGCGAUACCGCGAGAGCUACAUCUAUGGCGAUCGUUAUGGGGAAAUAGACGGUCUGGGAGGCCUCCGAGGAUACUUAGGGAAGACGUCGGCUGACCAGAGAGUGUCUGUGAUCUCAAACACGUCCUCCAACACCACUUCGGGCAUCGUGUCCGACCGAGUCUUGUCUCUCGAUGGAAGCGAAGAUGACCUGGACUCUGAAAUUAUGAUCAACACUCCACCAGCUGCCAGUAUAGAAAGUGGAGUGGAAUCCCUUACCAGGUCCCUUUCAAGAUUGGAUUCCUCUGCAAGUAGCACUCAUGGUCACACUCCUGAUUAUGAUGAAGGAAAUUCCAGCCAGCCUUCCUUCACACCACCAACAUCAGAUUCACCUCCAGGGACAGCAGGCAUGACCAAUUCAGUUGGAUUAUGCGGAAGCGAAUCUGGUGGAGCAUCCUUGGGUCGUGCAGGUAGUGUUCAUUCUUCGUCCUCUCAGCAUUCCGCUUCAACUGUUCGCUCAAGAUACUCUUUGGUUCCUACCAGACUUGCGCCAGAACUAACUCUUGGUGCCGAGUUGGGUUCCCUUCAGUUAACUCGUGACAUCCCACAUUUAGCUGAUUUACCUGGCAUGGCAGCAGAGAGAUCCAUACGUGGUGAAGAUGAAGAAAGCGAGCUUUGUGCAGCCAUUUCGCAUACUCAGCACAAUUGCUGUUCUACAUGUUGCGAUGACAAUGCCUCUAUUACUUCAACUGAUGACCUUGAAGAAACCAGACAUGAACAGCAUUGUAAAUGUGGUGCCUGUGCCAUGUGCAUCUUACAAGCGGCUUCCGCAGAAUUCUUGCACAAAAAAUUGGAUAGUGAGGCUUCAAGCGUAGCUGUGCAACGGGGAGAUGCAGGACCACACACUUACCAUGAUUCUAUAGAUUCAGGAGCAGCAUCUGCUCAUUUCUUCGGCAGUGCUACUUAUGUUAGUGAUAAUGCAUCUGUCAUGGUACAACCAGAUCUUGAUGAAUCAGUUACAUCCACCUAUAAUUUUUCAGAAGAGGACUUUAGUCAGUUAGAUAAUAACGAUGAUUACGUAGAAUUUUUUAAAGAUGGAUUGCGAUAUCCAGAACAGAGUUCUCUUCUUCCUGCUGAAGAGGUUCCUGAAGAAAUUGCUUCACCAAAUAGUGUUCAUCGUCAUAGCCCUCAAGGAUUAGGUGCUCAAGGCUUAGUUGCUCAGAGAGGAAGUUCUCAGGGUACCCCAUCACAGCCAGAAGCAGCAACAACGCCAACAGGAUCUGAACAACAGGAUGAAGAGCAUUUGGAUUAUUCAGUCGAGAGUGCACAGGCUGUUCUAAGCACGUCUUACUCACCAGCUCUAGCCGUCUCUCUCGGUAGGUAUCGGCCAAGAGCAUCGGUUUCUUCCACAUUUGAUACAGAUAGUGAUUAUGUUCAAGUACCUGGUUCAGAGGGACAUUUUAUUGUCCUACCACCUGCUCCUGUCUCAAUGUCAACAGUGACAACAGUUACUCCAGUAGCCAUAGCUUCCUCUAGGAUCAAUGCAGCAUCAACCAACGAGUCCUUACCAAAAGUCAUGGACCAUGCUGGUAACAGCAGAUCAUCCACAGGAGUGCCUGAAGCUAUCAUAAGUGAAACAACAGUUGCUAACGCAAGUGAAGCACCUGCCAAGUUUAUCACAUCACGUCCACGGAUCACAGUGCUAAAGGCUCAUACUCAGCAGGCUACAACAGCAGCACCUUCAUUCACAUCUGUUCCUUUGAGUCGGGGGAUGAUGCAUACUUUACCACAAUUUCAGCCAAGACCCAAAAUUGACCCAGUUCAGUCUCUGCAACGUGGAGCUAAUCAAUUGCCUGAAUUGCGUCCGCUUGGACUUCCUCCUCUUUAUGCUCGUGAUCAUAGGUCAAACAAAACCAAAGUUAGUGGUAUUCCAAGUACUGUUGAAGUGCCUGUUAUUAGAAAAAAUAAUUACCUCGAUGUACGUGCUUCUUCUUCUAUUAAUAAAAAUAAGGCUAGAAUUCACCCAGAGCAACUGCCUCACAUACAUCCAAGAAGUCUUUUCCUUAGACAUCAACAAAAGGCAUUGCAGCAAGAGCAGCUGAAGCAACAGCAGCUGCAGAAGCGGCAGAGUAGUGAAACAGUUUAUCAGCCUGCUCUUUAUGCUCAAGGAGUUGGAGUGCCACUCUUGCCAUCACCUACAUACACUGGCUAUCAGCAACAGCCUCACCAGCACUCACAGUCACAAACAUAUCAACAACCUGCACAUAAUUUUAUCUCUUCUCAACAUCAACAGCAUCAACCACAGCAAGCCAUCCAUCACCAGCAUCAACCACAGCAAGCCAUCCAUCACCAGCAUCAACCACAGCAAGCCAUCCAUCAACAGCAUCAACAGAAUUACAUUUAUCAACCUUAUAAUAUAAAGAAUUUUUUUCAGAAUCCUCCACCUCCAUCCCCUCAUCUUGGCUAUGGUGUUGGUGCUGGUCCAGGUGGUAGUGGUUACCAAGUUACUGUUGAAGCCCCAUCACCACCUUACCAGUGUGCUAGUGAUCCAGGCACUUACUCACCACAGCAUCAUCAUUUAGCUACUGUUUACACAAAUCAGCUGAGUUCAAGUUAUAUCGAGCAGUUUAAAGCUCAGCUGUACUCUGAUGUUGAUUAUGUUAUUUACCCGAUGAAAGAUCCUGCAUUAAGUCGUCAGGAAUACAUAGAUGCUAAGCAAGGACAAGCAUUAGCAACACAAGCUCAGCAGAGUGGAAGUAGCAGCAGCAGUAGCUUUGCUUAUAUGGCACCACCACCACCACCAUAUAGAGGUCCAAAGAUGUCCCCCCUGUACAGGUCAACACCUAAUGUUGCUGCCACCCUGAGCAGUUGCAGUGUGUCAAGCACAACUGGUCCUGUAAGUGGAGGAGGCAGUGCUUCUUUGCUCUCCUCUUAUCCUUCCUACCAGAGUUUGGCAUCACAUCAGCCAGGUUCAUCUUCAGGUUAUUCAUCGAUGGUCAGAGGACGAUAUUUUUCUCAGCAGUCUUUGGCAUCUUCAUCCUUGUCAUCAGCACCUUCUGGGUAUUCUGCAUCAACUCAGAGUCUGACGGGAAGCUAUGAACCAUAUUCUGAAGUCAUGAGAGCAUCAUCUAUGAUGCGUGUCCGAUCAGAUGAAUCAAUUUUAUCAUCUGCUCUGGCAGAUUCAUCGGAAUCCCCUCAAGCUCCAGCAGGGCAUAUUUUGCCACCACCCCCACCUUACCGGCCCAAGGAGACACUGGACAACACUGGGGAUGCCCCUCGGACCACCUCGGGAGGUGCUGGGAGGAGUCGUGGACGGAAGUCAGGGGGCCACCUCAACUUGCAGCAGUUGCGGGAGCGGAGCCAGCUCAUGGACGUGCCACUCAUCGCUGCCCUCUGCUCAGACGCGACACUCGUCUCAAAUUCAAGGCGUACCCCUUCCACAGAUUCCUCCUCAACACCAAACAGCAACUGCGGUGCCUCUGCAUCCGAGCAACAUCACAACCCUGGUGCACCAGGUGGUGAAUCCCAGAACUUGGACCCAGUACAGGCAGCCUCCCACUUGACCCAGAUGAUAGCCCCAGCUGUAAUUGACAAAUCUCGCCCUAACACGCGGGGUCUCAAAGCGACACAGAGAUAUUCCCUGUCAGGCGUGUACACCACAAAUCAGGUGCCUGUAACCCCGAAAUGUAGUGGAAAGACAUUUAGUGGAGUCCAUCACCAUCCCAGUAGAGCUGAUGUACAGAUUCAGCCUGCUCCUGCUCCUCUUGUCAAUGAUCCUAUCAAAACAAAACUGUCUCCUUAACAUUAAUGGAGACUCAAAAGGUUGGUUGUGUCCUGCAUAACAGCCAGUUUGCUCCUUUUUUUGGCAUUUGAUUUUCCCUUCUUACCUCAUAUUAUCUACAUCUAAGUUAUAUUUUAACAUAGCUUUAGUAUAGCACUGGUAAACUAGAAGAUGCAUUAUAAUUUAGUUUACUUAGGACAUUGCCAUAACUUGAAAGUCAAGACAGGAAUGUAAGUGUUUAAAUACAUAUAGAAUACGUACAUUUCAUGUGAAAUUUUUCCUUGUGAAAAAUUGCUCUGCUUGUAAAUGAGUGUGCUGCAGGAUAUUUUUACUUUUAUACACUUCAAAGCUGUUUGGCAAUUAUGAUAAUGGUGCAGUAAAGCUUCCGACUGCCUACUAUAAUGAUCUCCAAGGCAUUGACUAACUUAAGGUGUUCAUAGAUAAGCUGAAAACUUGAAAGAUAACCGACAGACUUUUUUUAAAGCAUAAUAUAUGUAUUUAUGUCACAUCCUCUCAAAGUACAGUAGAAGGGUAAUUUUGUGCCAUUGUUGGGAUUCAGAAUGCAGUAUUAUUAUUGUUAUUAUUAUUAUUAUUAUCAUCAACAGAAUCAUAGGGGCCAUAAUAUAGAAUACGUAUAAGCAACCUCUGAAAUUUUUCUUUUGCAUUACAGGCUUUUUGGCGAGAUGAGAAUUUUAUUUUAAUUUGACCUUGUUCUCAUUUAAAUCCACAGAGAUAAAAUGAGAUUUUCCAGUCUGAUUUUACCUCUUCCAAUUUUUGCUUUUGUUAAUGACACAGAUUAGCUCAAGAUAAAACAAGAUAGAAUGGUUUUCUUGUAUGCAGUGGCUAUGUAUUUACUUAAAAGCCAAGAGGAAUAAUUUUAGAGGGGGAUAAUUUAAGGAAAUACUGCCGCUAGUUGCUCAGAAUAAAGUGGAAGUACAGUAUUGACAGGGAAACGUUUAUUCAAAGGAAGACAAGUUAUUUCUAUGAGCAUUUUAAGAUAAUUGUCAUGCCUAACCAUCUGUCCACACUGUCAACCACUUCCAGGCUUUUGGAAUGGUAAUGCAUAGUACAAGCCUCACUUUGUAUUUAAGCUCUGUGCGUUUUUUGCCGUGAAAUUAUUCAUCAUACUUAAGAGUAAGGUAUGUUUUGUUUAGGUUAAUGUUAAGGUCAUACUUAUGAAAUGCAUUUAAAGGUUGAGUGAUUUACAAAAUUUUUGUACCAUCAAAGGUACACUGCCAUGGUUAAGAAGCUCAAAGUAAUCUUUGGGGUUAUGACAUAUUGUUCUUGCACCUAAGAAGUUUUUCAUUUAUGUCCGUAACUUUAAAUGAGUGUUUUUGGGAGCCUGGCAUAUGUGUUGGCAGUGGACUUUAGUAUUAAUAUCAUGUACUGUUUUAGUUUCUGAGUUACAUAAUAACAUAUCUUGAGGCUUAAUCUCGGUCUUCACCUAGCCAUCAAGAAACUAAUAUUUUACUCAUUUUGUUCAGUUUUCCCAGAAGGAAACUAAUAUGCAUCCACACCGUUUAUUGUAUUAUAUUCUUAUACUCAGGGUCUGGUUUUGGAAGAAAAUCUUGUGAUUUCCACCUUCAUCUGUGCACGUUUCUGAGUUUGUCAAAAUUAGUGUAUAAGUCGAGCUGUUCAUGUCUGUCUGUGUUGUCCAGUAUUUAUUUAUUGAUUCCCUUCAUCAUAGUACAAUUUACGUUUGUGUGGCCAUAGCACCUGCAAUAUGUUAAUGAUGAGUGGCAGACUUUUAGAACUGUCCAGGUGCACUCUGCUGUGGAACUUUUGGGACUAACAGGUAAAGUUACCCAAUAACUUUGUAUCUUUAUAAACAUUUGUUUAUUUGACUUUCUUUUUUUUUUUUACUUUCUGAUGUCGGCCAGUCUUAAUGCUGUUGCAAUACUCAAUUUGAUGUUUUGCAUCAUAAAAGCUAUACAGUACGUACUCCAUUUUCACUGAUCUAGUUUAUAGAAUCACCAUGCUUAAAAGACUAGGCCAUUUAUAAAGAUUUUCAUUAGGUGUUACUCCUAAAGCUAUGAAGUUGUAGAAGAAACACAGUGGUAGCUAAACUUCUGAUUUUUGGUUGCAGUUUUCUUUUUAGGAGGAAGUCUGUAUGAUUAAAUGCCGACACAAAUAGCUGCUAAUCAUUUUUGGAACAGUUCAUCAUAACAAAAUGCUGGUUUGUAAGUACCAAUCUGCAAACAUCAAUAUGAUGAUGUUUUACUUCUUUACAAUAUAGCUUUUAAUAUCUCCAGUAGUUCACUUGUGUUAUAACUUAUGGGAAUGACUGUUAAGUUUAGGUUAUUAUAGAAUACAGUUGCACUUGAAUGUCUGUGACAUCAAAAUUUCUUGUUCUUUUGUUUUGUAAUAUAUUAUCAGUAAACCUAUACAAGAGAGAAGUUGUAGUCCAUGAAUAGGAAGAUACACACGAGUGACAUAGGGAACACUGAAUAAUUUAAAUUUCUAGUUUCAGUCAUGUAUAGAAUGAACCUUGAAAACUGUGAGAGAUGAAAUGAUUUCACUUGUAUGUAUUAGUUCUUAGAAUUGUCUAGGUUUAUAAGACCGACAAGGAUUGAUAAUAUAGUAUACGUAUAAGCUUCCUUUGGUAGGUAGAGGACAAGCUACCUUCUCUUGAGUAUUGAAAUUCAAAGGCUUCCUUGUGCUAAGAUUUGAAGUUAGAUAAUGUAGGGGUAACGAACAAAGUCUCUGGAUCAGUUUUACAUUUGCCCUUUUACUUGUAAAAUUUGUGCGCAUUAGCUGUAAGUGAUCUAUCUAACAUCUUUUGCAAACACCUACUCGGUAUGCUUAAAGAGUCAAGUCAUGUACUUUGUUAUAGUAGAGGCUGUUUAGAUAGAUUUGUGGUCCUUCUUGGAGAAAAUUCUGCGUAAUUUUUGUUUACUAGUUAGUUGUUUAUUCAGGGAAUUAUUGGUAGUGACAUAACAUCCUUUGUGGUGUAAAACUUCUUUUACUUUGUAAAUACAUGAUGCUGCUGAAAAACUAGAAUAACAAGUAGCUACCAUGGUCAUGCAUAGAGCCCUCUGUUGUUGAAGGUUAACAUAUUUGUGUCGGUUUGAAUGAUAAAUUUCGUCAUCACAUUUUUCUUCAGAAAUACUUGCAGGAAUCUGUAACAAAUUACUUUGUAGCAAUGAAUUUUUGGGAAACCAAUCAUAUAAUCCUUCAUUUUAUCUGAGCGAGUUUGAAUUCUGUUUGUUAAGAACCUGUUCGUUCAGGAAAAGUGAUCAAAGUUUAUUCCUUUAUCACUUAUCCUCUCUAUGUCUGUACUAUUGUUUUACACAUGACAGGAGCCUGUUACCCCAUCAUAUCAUAACAUGGUGUGAACUUUUCACACACACAUACCUAAUUUAAGGUAAAUGAAAUCCACUGAAUUGAUUCUAUUUACUUCUAUGUAUUGAUAUACACAUGAUAAAAGCCUGAUAUUUUAUGAAUAAACAAAUCAAGUUUGAUAUUUUUACACUAGGUCAGGAUAUGGGGGGUAGGCUAGCUUUGGCUAAGCUGCAGACUAUUCAUGUAUACGCAUUUUCUCACUUUCCGCCAUCCCUCUGGAGUUAUUAGUGGAGGUAAGAAAUAGGUUAUUGUAUAGAGGUGGAUGAGAUGGGUUACCAGAUAUAGGAAAAGUUCUGAAGGUUACUCCAACAUGAUUGGUUUGGAAGGACAAAUGUGCUAUUAAUCUUACCAGCCCAUUACUCAUCUGUUAUUUAGUUGAUAACAGUAUUGAGCAAGGAACUGGAUUCUUCAUCAAGCAGCAUUCUAAUUGUUUGAUAUAGAGUAGAUGACUUGUUAAACCAUCUGAAGGACUCUUCACAAUACAAGCCUUGAUAAACUAGUAUUCUAAGAAAAUCCUCUUGUAUGAGAUGAUAUUCACAUUCUGUUAAGAUACUCAUGUAAAUAAUAGGGCCAAUCACUUCCUUAUAAAAGUACUACGUAUUUGAGUGGUUUGUUUCCUAACUAUUACGUGUAGGACACAUUUUGAUGGUACAGCAGUCAACAUAGCUUAUGGACCAUGAGAGUAAGUUGUUGACUAUACAUGAAAAACAGUUUGUGAAAGAUGGUUUUCAAUAGUUUCCAUCACUUUAGUUUGGUUUAUUCAGGUAGGAAUUUUCUGAACUACGUGAAAUCGUGAAAUGGAAUGAUAUUUUUCAUGAUUGUGCCCUUCAUUUAUAAGUGCAACAUGAUUCUUGAGUAUUAAUAAGCUAUAUUGGAAGAUAUUUUGAAUUGUUUAUGAGUUUGAAAUUGAAUUUGGGUCUGGGGUUGUAUUUUAUAUUCAGUAUACUCUAGUGAUUAGGAUGACACAAAUUAACUAUGUGGCUAAACUCCACGUAAUCAGUUGCUUAUUUUAGGCCCAAAGCUGUUUGUAUUUUUCUUAUAUAAUUUUGUUCCCCGAUUAAAAAUGUUGUUUAGAGUUUAACAGCUCAAAAUAGUGUCGUAAAUGUAUAUAAAAUUUGAGCCACCCGUAAUUUCUUUAUUUUUUGUAUAACUAUUUAUGUAUUAAUCAAGGACAUAUUCUAUUGUAAUCCUGAAAUUGGUUGUGAAAGUGAUUUACUAAUUGUAAAUUUUGUUCCAAGAGUGAUAUUUAUUUGCAUUUCAAAAAUAGUAAGAGUCCAUAGCUAUUGCCUGUUUUCUACUUUAAUUUUUUGUAAUUUACCUGUGACAGAAUUUUUACAAAUUAAAGUGUAGAACAGCAUUCAGGUGGAUAUCACAUUUGAGUACGUAAUAACAUUUAAGCCUUAUCUUUGUCUACUGGUGGAUGACAUUCUCUGUCUUAGCAUGAAACUAUGUUAUAGUGUCUACUGUACUGUUUAAAAUAGUGUUUUUUUUUUUUUAGCCGUGUAAUGACUUGAAAAUUGUAAGACAGCAUCUAUCAUUUGUUACUGUGCAAUGAACUCUUUUGAUUGUUUAAUGUAAAAUGAGAGUUAAUUCAGUUUUGUGAAAUUAGACCCUUAGUACUAUGUAUGACAUUGUUUCUGGUUAUAUUGCCAUGUAUGGUAUGGCAUUUAGGAACCUCGCCCUCGUCAAGCAUUUAACUUUUGAAGCCUACAUGAACAGCUUUUUAGUUUGCUGUGAAUGUUAUGAACCUGUAAGCAUAUGUGGACACUGCAGUUUGUACAAAUCUUUGCAAGCUGUAUUCCAUAGGGAACUUUAGUAGUUUUGUAUGUUAGAUGUAUGAAUGUGGCCGUUGUAUAUUUGUGUUCAUAUUACCUUUCAAGUAUCUUGUGACAGUAGUGAUGGGCAUUGAAUCCGUAGUUGUAAAAUGUGCUCAAUUAACACUAGAACCACUUCCUUUUUUACACAAUUUGCAAAUUCUCACAAAAUGACUCGGUUAGGUAUGUCCAGUACUUCAAUAGCAAGGGUGUUUCAACUAUCAUAGUUAUGAUUUUUUUUUUCUAAAGCACUGGAAAAGUUUUCUCCUGUCAGUGUUCUAUGGGAAUUUAAUGGUUUUGCGUUAUCACUAGUGAAGGAAGAAGAAUUUUAUUAAUAUUUUGUUUUCAUUUUGUUUGCAGUCUCAAUGGGAAAUGCAUUUAAAUAGUACUUAGACAAGAUAGAUUUAGUUAUAGCAAAGUGUUUAGAUAUGUAAACAUUUGGUCAAUUUUUUUUCCUUAUUUUUGGCCAUUGCAUAAUAGGACUUCACAAACUGAUUGCAACUAAUUCCCUUUCAACAAAUAAAUGAAAUGUUUAAGCUCGCAUAUCAUUGAGAGAAAAUAGUGAUAAAAAUACAUAACAAAAUUUAUGGGACUUUGGGUUCCACAACAGGGCAUUUUUAGCACUUGAGGCCAGUCAGUUUUGAGAUGUCAGUAUUUGUAAUACUAGAAAUGUCAUUUGAGGGCCAAAAUAUGAUGUUGGGAUGGAAUACGACUCCUUGGUUGCAGCUGUAGUAUGUACAGUAUAUAGAGAAUUGGCCAUUGCAGUUAUUCACAGAAGCUUUGCCCAAGACAUUACGGUAGCAAACAACGUUGAUACUUCGCAGCCUUUAAGGAAAUCGAAAGGGAAAAUUUCAGUAAGAGCAAAGCACGAUUCCUGGGACUAAGGAUUGACAAGGAAGCCGAUUUGCUUGAGGUCUGUUAAUCUCAUGUGUAAGCAAAGUUUCCUUUCUAGCAUCAUGGAAAAGGCAAGGAGCAGGUGUAUACUAAUUUUUCAUCAUAUAAUUUAACAACUCAAGUCACUGAAAAAUUCCCCAUUAUUCAGCUGUUCAUAUACUAUCCUGAUGUAAAACAGUCUGCAAAAGGAAUUAAAAGAAAUUAAUAGCAAGCCAGUAUCACCUUUUCUAUUGACUGGUUAAGGCCGAUUUUCACUGACAAAAUUCCCAUAAAAUUCCAAAAGCAAAAUUUUGUUUACCUUUCUCUUAUCAGAUAUAAACUUUCCAGUAGAACAAGGAGUGAGCUUUGUAAAGAUAGGUUCACUUGUGCCAAGAAAUAGUUUCAUUUUCUUGAGGAAACUACGUACUGGUAAAACCUUAAUUCUACAACAAUAUAGUUUUUUUUUUUUAUUAGAUACCCAACAAGUAUGCUGCUGAAAGCUACAGCAUUUUCAGUAUUUUCUGUGCUGUUGACAUUAAAGCCAUGAUUAUUUUGCACUUAUGAAAUAAUAGUAAAGUACUUAGUUCAAUUUUUUUCUCUUCUAGCUAACUCUUAUAUCAUUGCCUUUAGAUGAAUUUUAAUAUUCCUCUGACUUGAUUGUGGCAUGUGCAUGAAACUCGGUGUUCAUGUUACAUUUUAUACUUAUAAUUUUUCUCUGGAUUGAAAAAAAUUCUGAUACAUUGUAAGCUCAAUUAAUUUAAAUGUAAUCCAAGCUAUUAAAUUGCAUUUCCACUGUUCUGGCAGCUACUAAUGGUACAAAUAUUUGAUGACAUUAAUUUAGCCUCUGUAGUUGAAUAUGCUGCCAAUGUUUACAUGACAUUUUAACAUUGCCCCAUAAAGGAAGUUCAAUGAAAAAACUAUGCAAUACUAUACUAGUAUAGCUGCUGUAAUACGUUAGUGGCACUAAUUAAUGUUUUGCUACUCAUGUGACCUCAUUACUUUGUCAAUUUUUUCUUUUCUCUGUUUUCUCAUUAGAACCUUAUGAUCUUUUGUGGAGUUUGGAAAAUUUGUGGCUCAUUGCUUAUCCUUAACAGAUUAUUUUCAUGAUAUUUCUCUAUUUUGAUCAGAAAUGAGUUUCAAACCAAUAUGUAAUAACAAGUGCAGUGAUGCAUGUAAACUUGUGUUUAGGAUUGACCUGGUAAAGCAUGGCAUUUUAUAUUUUUAUGUCUGUUCUCUUUGCAAGAUACCAUAAAUGAACCAGUUACAUAAAACUCAUUUUUUUUUAACAUAAGUUCUUAAAAAAUCAUUUUGGUCAAAAUUUUCCUUGUACAGGGCAUGGGGAUUAUACAUAUAUGCUUUUGCCUUCCCACUUAUUGUACUGCCAGGUCCAGUAAUUCUGAUCAGACGACCAGUGAAAUAAUUACCACAUGCUGUUGGAGGCGAGAAAUCUAACAAAAAUCUUGUCCCAGGGUUUUGUGGUACUACUUCAUUCCUUAUUGAUUUUCUGUCUUGUUAACACAUUUCUUUGCAAGCCUGAGUUAAAAGAUCUAACUAUAUUUUGCUUUUUGGUAAUUUGUACUACUACAUAUAUAGUCUUCCACUGGAAGACAAACCCUUUCUGGGUUUGUCACAAAAUUUUGGUGCUUGCUCUCAGAACAUUAUAGAACAGUAUAUGUAUUUUUGUCAUUGUUAGCAUCUUUUAGUAUAUUAAAAAAAAUAAGCAAGCUGUAAUCAGUUUAUAAAAAUAUUUGUUGCCAUUUGAUUUUGUUGAAUUAUAUGCUUUAUAGAUAUAUUUAUUAGAUUUUAAAAGUAUAUGUAUACCAUUAAUUAUCAUUAAUGACUAGUCUGUCAAGAUUAAACUAUAUCUGUUGUAUGGCAUUUGCAAUAUGAUAUUGAAUACUGGAUGGAGUCUAUUUAAUACCAAUUUUUGUCAUAUUAUCCUGUAAGAAUUGAUAUGUACUUCAUAUUUCGGAAGGAUGUAAUUGAAUGGAGACAUUGUCUGUAACACUUUAUACUAAGCAAACAAGAUGUUUGUCCCAAUUAGAUUAAAUUAGCACAGUUUUAGGUGGGUAAUGUCCAACAACAAAUUUCAGGGAGAAUAUCAUUUAUAUUUGUAUAGUUUUCUUUUUCUUUUGUUAUUACUACAUUGUUUUUCUGUGAUGUCUGUUAUGUGAAAGUUAUGCAUGAACUGAGAUUGUGUUGUCUGUCUAUUAAGUUAUAUUAGUUUUUUAUCAGCAGUGUGCAGUGAACAUUGUUAUCUUUGUAUUUCUUCAAAGAAAGUUUUUUUUUUCUCUUUUAAUAGGUUGCAGUUAUGUUUGUUUUUAUUUUUAUAUAUACUUUACUAAUAACAAAAAUCAAGACAUCUUAAAUACAAUAAAGUAUAAUUAAACCGUUGUCACUCUCAAGGGUUAGUGAUUCAAAGGAACUUUCUUUGAGGGAAGAACAAAUCAGACAGAGGCCAUUUAAUUUUAAUUUAUCUUUUGUGCAAUCAUAGCAUAAUUUGAUUAUUAGGAUAUAAUUAAUGAAAUUUUAAGGACUCAUAAUUAGGUGUUACUUCUAAUUUAAAUUACAGGCAGUCCCCGGGUUACGACGGGGGCUCCGUUCUUGAGACGCGUCAUAAACCGGAACAUCGUCAAAAAUCCUAAGAAAACCUUACAUUUAAUGCUGUGGGUGCAUUGAAAACUAUGUAAACUGCAUUCUUAUGGUAUUUUUCAUCAAAAAAACCUUCAAAUAUUGAUUAUUUUGCAUUUUUGGUGUCAUAUUUCAUCUGCCAGAUGAGCGUUGUAGGCGUCGUAACCCUGGAACAUGCGUCGUAACCUCGGAACGUCGUAAGCCGAGACCGUCGUAACCCGGGGACUGCCUGUAUGCUGUUUAUAUUUUGUAUCAAACAGACAUGUAUAUAGCAGUUUAUGUACGUGUGAAGAAACAGUGUACAUAAUCAUUGUAUAUAUCAUUUGUGCAUAUGAAAAACAAAUAAACAAAUAAA